GUAGCAGCCUUGUUUGCUGAAUAUUUGGUAUUUCUUAUCAACUUCAUGAAAAUUGACAAGUUUUUAACUUCUUCUGCUUGUUUUUUUCGAAUGCACAUUUUGUUUUUAGUAGAUGUGAGAUAUUUAAAAAUGAGUAAGAGAACGGUAUCAGUGAUGUUUUUUAUGUUUUUUUAAAACUAUACAAUUAGAAUAUUGCAAUAUUACAUUUAGUUUAUUUGAAUUUUAAAUUAAAUGUGUGUAUGUGCACAAACUUUAUCUUUGACCAUUCUUAAACUAAAAACAUGUUACAAAAGCAGUAUCAUGUUACCGUAAGCAAUCAUAUUUAGGUUUGUUAAUUUUCUGUUGUGAUCUGAAUUUAGGUGGAGUAAGAGUAUGUGAAAUUAUUACAGAAUAUGAUUUAAUCUGUUUCUUCGAAAUUCAAUUUACAUAAAUCACAAUUUUUUUAAAAAUCAUCAGUUAAUGUGUGCGUCUCCGUUGCAUUUGCUCCUCAUUCACAUGUAUAUAUGUAUGUAUGUGAAAUAGUAGGGUUCUUCUCAAAAGCAGUUGUUUUUUAUUUUUUAUUUUUUAUUAUUAUUUUUAAAAGCUCUAGUAUACUAACUCCUACUGUUCUAUUUUUAUUUAAUUUUUGACUAAGAAAACUUAAUGAGAAUAUGGCUUUCAUACCAGAAUUGAAUUCUCAAACAUUCUGAAAAAUUCUUCACAGUUCUUUGCAGCUAUGACUACCACAAAAGCCAAAAAAGUGAAAUUGUAAAGUUCUGUGUAUACCCAACUUAUUAUACUUUUAUAGCAUCAUGAAUAAUUGAUUAGGGUAAAUUCUCAUCUAAUCAACUUGUUGGAUUACUAAUAAACAAUCAAUCUAUCUGUUUUAAUUCCUUUUUUACCGUGUUAAUGUCUUUCCAUCAAUUUUCAGUUUUGUGGUUUUAGUUUUUAAAAUUGAUGUCAGUACUGUAUUUUGCUGAAGAAAAUGAGAUAAUAUUUUGUCACCUAUUUUUUGAAAGUAAAAUUUUGAAAACCACUGUCAUUUAACUUUAGUAAAGACACUGUCAAAAAUGAUUCAAGCCCAUAGUUCUUUUCGGAAAAAUAUUCUACGCUUACAAUAUUUUGGAAAAAGCGUAAAAUACAAUCAUUCAAGUAUGUCCAUUGCAAAUUUUAAAUCAGCACAUCAUACAAGGUUGAAUAAAUACUAUCUGAAUAAAUGAUUUCAAAUGAAAGCAUAGGCAACUUGGUGCUAUAAAACAUAAAAAAAUAUCCAAAACCUAAAUUAAAAAAAAAAAAAAAAAAAAAAAACACACACACACACACACUCAUCAAAAAAAUGAUAAUAAGUCAUUGUAGAAACCAACACCAUAGCAAUAAAUUCCAUCUCCAUUUAAUUCUACCAUGAUACCACUCCAAUCUGCAUUUGUUUUUGGUGAUGCUCAAAAAGAUGUCACAUUAUCAGCUUGUUUAAAAACUCAAGACAUCAAAGUUCAACUACCUCUUCUACAACCAUCAAAACAACACAAGUUAAUAAAAAUUGAAUACAAAAAUAAGAGUGAAUGGUAUUUGGAUGCACUUGGGAAUAAACCAGGAUUUACUAUGAAAUUGGAUUUAAAUGUGGUUCAACUAAAUAAAGACACUUGUGAACCCACCGAGAUACAACUUAAGCGAGACAAGUUUUCACAUUUUGACAAAAUAUGUUCUAAAAUUUAUAACCAUGUGUAUAUGGGAAGCAAAAGUGUGGCAAAAUGCCGCAAGACUUUGCAAGAAAAUGGCAUCACACAUGUAUUAAAUUGUGUGGGUUUUGUAUGUCCCGAAUACUUUUCCAAAGAAUUAAGCUAUAAAACACUUUGGUUACACGAUAGCCCUUCUGAAGAUAUAACAAGCGUUUUAUACGACGUGUUUGAUUAUUUUGAAGAAGUUCGUGAAAAAAAUGGACAUGUAUUUGUGCAUUGUUGUCAAGGGGUUUCACGCUCUGCUUCUCUUGUAAUAGCAUACCUUAUGUGGGUGCAACAACGUUCAUUUAAAGACGUGUUUAAAGACUUGAAAGUUGCACGAGGCAUUGCAAAUCCAAACAUGGGUUUUGCAUGUCAAUUAAUCCAAUGCCAACCAAGAAUACAUGCCACACUUAUAAGUCCAAAGUUGGCUUUGCGGAUGUAUCAGCUUGCACCUCAUUCUUCAUAUGAUCCUAUGCACCUUGUACCAAAGGCAAUUGAUAAUCCUCAUCCUCAUGCUCUUGAUUCUCGCAUUGUUUUUGUUCUUAUUGUUCCAAAUGUAUUUUUCUUGUGGCAUGGCUCAAAAUGUGAUGCAUACAUGGUAUCUGUGGCACAUCAUUUUAUUUGUCAAGUUGUUAAAUAUGAGAAAGCUAAAGGAGACAUCUUACACGUGGUAGAAGGAGAAGAACCACAAAGUUUUUGGACUUCUUUCACAAGAAACCAUGAAUCUUGUGCAAAUGGCUUACAAAAUCAUAAAAAUGAUGUUUGUCUCACAAGUGAAUUCAAAGCAUCAACAAAAAUAGUUUCAUCAUACAAUGAAGACCUUGUAAAUUAUAGAAAAGCUAAGCAAUGUGCUCUUAUGCCACCAAAGGCAAAAGUAGAUUAUGGAACAAUAACAGGACCAUGCAAUGGAGGUUGGAAUUUUUUACCAAAAAUUGACAGAGAUGAAUCAAAAAAUAAUAUAUUGAAAAUUGCAGAAAAUGAAGAGGGAAAUGUUUUAUCUCCACAUGAAGGUGAAAAACAAAAAAUAGAGGACAAACAUGAGAAUUUUCAAAACGUUCUUGAACCAUCAAGUACUUUGGUUUCAAAUAAUGAUUCACAAAUUUCACUUUUGUCAUCCUUUUCAAAUGAUUUAUCUUUAUCAAAUUUAUCACCAUCAUCUUUUGUGAUGAAACUUCCACAUUCAUUGUGUUCAUGUUUAUUAAAGCGAGUUGCUUGUAAUACACUUUUUUGGCAUCCAAAAAAACAUCUAAUUUCUUAUUUAAUUUCAGCCAAUUUAUCUCAAAUUCCUUCAACACCAAGGACCAUUUUCAAAACAAUGUCGCAAGAUUUUUUUUUCAAAAGAUCUUUUUCCCAAAAAUUACCCAUUGUAGCAAAUGAUAAUAAAAUGUCAAUCUCACAAAGUUUUUUUACCAUUGUGAGCAAAGACUUGUAUUUACCAAAAGAAAAUUUGAAAAGCAUAAUAGAGUGUGAUUCAUUGACAUGUGCAACAAACAUUACAUAUAACAAUAUUAAUACAUUGGAGACUUGUGUGCAAAAUGAAAGGCUUAUAUCAUCAUUAAACACUCCAUAUACUUUCCAAAGAGGAAACCAAGGAGAAAGCUCAUCUAAUACAAGGGAAAUAAGUGAUAAAGUAGCUUACUCAAUUCCUAUUUUAUAUAAAUGGCCCCAAAUGGAAACAAUUGCCAUGUUUGAUGUUGAUGACCUUGAUUCUAAUGAGGCUUUUGUUCUUUUAAUACCAAAUGGUUUUGAUAGCAAACAAGGUUGUUUGUAUUUAUGGGUGGGUUCUACUCUUAUAGCAAAAGGAGAUAAGAAUUCUACUCUUAUUGCCAGUGAUAUUGAUCAACAAAGUGUUGAGCAUUGGCAACAAGUUGGAAUAGAUUUGAUUCAUCAACUAGAAUUGCAUAAGGACACAAAUUCAAAAGUUGUCCUUGAUGGGAAAGAACCAAACGAAUUUUGGGAUUACUUUAUCAAUGGAUGAGUUUUGCUUAAUGUUUAUCAAAUUCAAAUUUAAGAUUAUUUUUUGAUUGUUUCGGCACCUUGGUUCUAUUCAGCUUGAAAAAUUCAGAAUUGUUUCUAUUGAUAUUUAAUUUAGUAAUCAAUUAUGUCAUUUACAAACAGAAUUGUGAUCAAAAUUUAUGAUGUUUUUAUACACCUAAUUCAAAAAAUUCAAAAUUUGAAAUGCCCUGAAAAGCUCUGAAAUGCAUAAGCUGGAAUGUUUUGUUAAUUUACUUUUUUUUAUAUUUUAUAUUUAGCUAAAAAAGGAAAAAAUAUAAUAAUCAAGGGGUAUACUGUAUUCAUUGAAGAGAACUUCAAAUAAUUAAAGAAUGGUAAAACAUUCUUGUCAGUUAUUUAAUUUUGAAAUCCAUUUAAUGAUGUGAUAGAAUUGAAUUAUUCUAAAAAUAAAAUAUCAGGAACAACACAAGUAGAGUUGAUUUGUGUGUUGAAUCGAAAAUAUUCAGCAAUAACCAGAUCUUUAAAAACUUGCAUGAUAAAAAAUUGUAUUAAAGUUAUCUAUUAAAGAAUCAAUCAAAAUAUUUAAAACCUGAAUCGUUAAUCAUUUUAAACAAGUCAUUUCAAAAAAAUCUCAGAACACUUUUCUACAUCCAUAUCAUUAAAGCAUUAGUUUUAAGCAGUAGUUGAUAUUAUAUAAUAUAGCUGUACAAUUUGAGGUUUAUUGAGUUCAUCACAUGAUUGAAUUUUGAGUAAUAAACUCAAACUAUGUAUUUCAUAUCAAACAACUCCACUUUCUAAUUGUCUUCAUGUUAUUGAAUUUAUUUUUUAAGCAACCGUUCAUCUUAUUAAGAUAACUCCUAUUAGCCCUUUGGCACAUAUGCAUAAAAGUAAAAUACAAUAGACCUUUACAACCUUGCAUUUUAAAGUACCUUUUGUUGCAUUCCUAUAGCCCUACACGUGGCAAGUUCCAUCCUUUAUGCUUUUAUGUAUGAUCUUUAUAUAGAAAGAAGAUCCUUAAAAUCUUGCUUUGUUUGUUGUGUGGACUAUUGAUAACUUAAGAAUAUAAAUAACUUGGAGAACAAUAGAAACUUCAAUUUAGUUUGUGAUGGGUGGGUGAAUAAU